UGCCUUAGGUUAGAACGCUUUAACCGUUCCUCGAGGCCCACAGAGGGGGAAAACAGCAACAACAAAAAAUCCAUCGGGCGCGUGGAUCUUCACGCGCCUCCUCACCGGAACGAUAUGGCCUCCGGAGCAGAUGGGAUGUUUCGAAGCAUCUUCGAGGGAUGCCUCUCCGGUUGCGAUGCCGCAAUCGAGCGGCGUCCGUACCACAAGAACUGCAGCUGCGCUCUUCACGACAGAUCUAGCGGCGGUGGAGUCACCGGGAAAAACCAGAGUCAGCGGCGGACCUGCCGUCACGGGAUGUCGGAGAGCGUCGCAUUCCCGAUCCGGCGGUCAUGGAGCGAAGGCAACGUGUUGGCUCUGCAUCUCGCGCCCUCGUCAUCUUCCUCGAGUCUCCAAUCUCUCUCGUCGUCUUCGUCUCUGUCGAAUCUCGCGCCUGCAUCGGAAUCGCCCUCCGAUCCUCCUGUUGCGGUUGAGCCGAGCGGAUCUCGUCAACUGAGGUGGACGAUCGAUGGGGAAGACGAUUUCUCAGUUCAAGGUUUGAAAUACUAAACUCCGAAUCUGCUAAUCUGUUCUUUGGUUCGUUUGGGAAACAAUGAUUUUUUUUUUUAUCUAUGAAUGGAGAGAGGUUUCAUCAAAUCAAGGUAUAAAAAACUGAAUCAUCUGCGAGAAUGGGGCGUCGUAUUUGUAUAAUCUGUCAUCUUCUUUUCCAACCAAAAAAAAUGGACUCCAUGCCAAAUACCUUGAACGUGUAAUUUUCUCUGUAGAUUCUCGUACCAAGGACCUUCAUUUGUUCAUUUAAUUUAUAUAUUACAUUUAUAUUUUUUUGCUUGGAAAUUGCAAAUUCAAUGGUUUUGUUCUU